AUGCCCAGGGCAUCCCUGGUUAUUGCCCCCGUGCAGGAGACCAGGGCUCAGGACACGGGGUCCCGUCCACCCCUGGUCAUUGACAACGUGGCUGCAGCCAGCGGGCUGGACCCGACGGUCGUGGAGGAGAAAGAGCCACCGCCGGACUGUCCCCUCGACAGCGAGCAGCUGGGCCGCAACACCUGGGCGUUCCUGCACACCAUGGCAGCGUACUACCCCGACCACCCCACUGGUGCCCAGCAGAAGGAGAUGAGGGAGUUCAUCAACCUCUUCUCCAAGUUUUACCCCUGUGAGCACUGCGCUGAGGAUCUGAGGGAAAGAUUACGUACAAAUCAGCCUGAUACUAGCAACAGAAAUAACUUCUCCCAGUGGUUGUGUCUUCUUCAUAAUGAAGUGAACAGGAAACUGGGGAAAUCUGAAUUUGACUGCUCUCGUGUGGAUGAGCGCUGGCGAGAUGGUUGGAAAGAUGGUAGUUGUGAUUAA